UGUCCAGAACCGUACCGUACCGAAUUUCCAAACCGCGGGCCAUAAAAARUCUAUCAUCCUGAUGAAAUUGUGACUUCCAUCAAAAUACGGCACGAUUUCGAAUCAAUCCAGAAUUGUUCGUCCCGUCGACUUUUCUAAAGGGACUUCCUCAACAAAGGCUGCACAACUAAAUGGAUAAAAGCAAAAUCAGCCGGCAAACUCCUACGGCGUGUGUUUCCUGUGUGAAUUUGUUUGCAAUACUUCAUCUCAAGGAUCAUUGAUCGUUCUGGAUAUUGCUAUGUAUACGGAUGUAGAGAAUCCAAACGACCGAACAAUCGUUUGGGAACAAGAAAGCGAUGCAAGAGGCGUGAUCCAUGAUCAUAUAUCUCGCGAGCUCUACAACUUGAGCCACACAGAUAGGAACGCCAUCUACGAAGAAAUACACGGCGUCCGAUGCUUGGCGGUCGAAGAGAGUCCAGAGCUUCUCGCGAAGGCCCUCUAUGCGUUUCAGGACCAGCUCGAUAUCGCAACACCCUCUAAAAAGUUGAUCUACAAUAAGAUACUUAAGCUUCAAGAAAAAAACCAAGCGAAUGGAUCAGAUUAUGAUGAAGAUUUUCGAGAUACGGCCGAUUCUAUGGAUGACGAUGCCAUGAAUCACAACACAGCAACGUCAGCUACAAAACCCCGACGCCAUCGCCGUCCUUCAUUUAUGGAACGCGACGACUUCCGCUUGCGAUUUUUGAGAUGCGAAUUGUUCGAUGUUAACAAGGCCACCAUUCGCUUCCUCAACUAUCUUAAUCUGGCGUACGAAUUGUUUGGGAAUGUAGCGUUGCGAAGACAGGUUCGGGCCGAGGAUUUCACCAAGGAAGAAUUGCGAUUUAUGAAAUUAGGGUUCAUCCAGCUUCUUCCCUAUCGAGACCGGGCGGGAAGACGGGUGAUGGCGGUACUGGGGGAAAGUACUUCUUUCCAUCAAGAUUUGUUUAAAAAGGCACUCGGAAUCAGGUGUUCGGUACGUACUAACACGUUUAGAGAAGAAAUACGCUAAAGGAAUAUUUUGUUGUUUGCAAUUGUUUCUCGUCAUCGUUGUGUUCCAUUGCAUCUUGUUCCUGCGUUCUGCUGUGCGUUUCUUGUAGUUUGUUCCGCUCUGCGGUCAAACUGAUAGAACCGUCCAACGUUCCUGCUAUUCACAACAACAAAUCAGCAGGUUCGUUCCCGUCUCACAUGUUUCUUUCGACAAAACAUAGCUGAAAACUUACUUUUAUAUACGGGAUGUCGCGACACGCGACUCAGUCGAAUCGCAACGAAAGGGUACCGUCUUGUUGCUGGACUCAUCGGCGUGGGAUCAAAGUGGUAACCGAACCUUCUUUUCCUCAGAGUUGUAUGCACAAACCAAAAAGGUGAUUGCUGCCGUCCCAACUCGUAUGGUGGCCAUGCACUAUUGCUUUCCAGAGUCUCCCGCCUUUCGUAUCUUCAACGCACUCAGAAUAGUAAACAGCACUACGCUACCGUAUCUACUCAGGGUGCGGAUUCACAUCGGGAACGUGAUCGAAAAUAGGUACAAGAUGAAGGGAUACGGGAUACCAGUACACAUGCUUCCACUGACAGAAACUGGAAGUAUCAAAGUCAAACCGUUUUAUGAUUGGAUUAAACUGAGGAUCGCGCUGGAGCAAAAUGAAACGGAAAACACUAGAACCUACAAUGGUUGUAAGGCCGACAACGGCGGCGACUCGAUUCGAAGCUUUUUAAGUAGAGUUGUCGAAUGCCCCUCUCUGAACGACGUUGUCUUUCGGCAAGGAACUCCAUCGGUAAAAAAUCCAGGAAACGUCAUAUUUCGAGACAAGAUGAUUGGCCACCUAGAAGAAUACUACAUUAAACAGCGAAUCUGGGAAAUUCCCAACCACCAACUACAAGUGCACCACAUCGAUAAGUUCUGUAGCUGGUUAAUCUACGAUACAGAAGUCCAGCGAAAGGGAAGGUUUCUAGAGUGGUCCAAAAAAUGGAAUACGUGGGUCGCAAUGAUCGAGCAGGAUCGUAUCAAGUCCAAGGUGUGUACUUCCUUUCGCGACACUUCGAGACGGUAUUUUUCCUUCCGGAGGCAGGCUAUGGCAAAGUCUUCGCCACGGCACCCAAUCGCAUCAUCGCCACCACCAGGAUCAACAGCUAUGGAUUUUGAAAGCGUGGUAAAAUCUGAUAGCGAGAAAGUAUACGCCUUCGUGGAAGGAGGGAAGGCGGCGACGGAGAAAAAAUCCAUUUGCUUUGCGUCGCAGGAGUCGGCGUCGUCCACGAAAAUCGAUGGUAUAACUCUGAGAGGUGAUUCCAAUUUCAACGAAACAGGCUCAUGCUGGAUGUCAUCGUAGUAACUUUGAGGCUAAAAAACGAAUAGUUCGUGAUCAACCUCACUCUUUCAUGUGAAUCACGUAUUAACAGAGACUAGAGACCAUGCCAUCUUUUCACAGGUGAUGAACACUAUGAUAUAAUGGCAUGGUCCGAACAGCAUGUGCCAAAUGCAACAACUUCACCAAAAUAAUUAUUGGAAUCCCUCCCACCAAGGCCUCCAAAAGAACUUCAAAGCGAGCUACUAGUAGUUGCAAAAGUUGUACCCAUAGUGCCUCCUUGUAGUUGUCCCAAAGUCACAUCUAGUCAGCUUCUUGUCCCAUUAUCUUCAUCCAGCUGCAAAGAAGGGAUAUUGCAAAAAUGGCAAAUAUAGAAACAAAUAACUAUACGAACACAAC